GCAUGAAGAUUUAGUCCCAUUGGUGCAAGGUUUAAAUCCAAUAAAUGAAUUCGACGAAGAAGAUAAACCAAUAGAAGAAAAUAAGUUUAGUGAAUUGGAGGAACAAACAGAGAAUGAUGAUGAACAAUCAAAUGAUGAAACUGACAAUGAGCUUAUAGAAGUGCUUCAAGAAUAUGAGGAAGAUGAGGCCAAUAUUAGUGAUAUUGUUGCUGAAUGA